AUGGCACCACACGCGGAAAUCGGCGUCGGCACCAUGAACGGGUAUAGCACCAAUCACACUUCGGACUCGCACAAGGAACUUUUCACCGUCAACUCUCCCAACGUGACGUACACGGAUGAACAUAUCAAGAGCAAGUACGUCUACCGCACCACGGCGGUCACCAAGACGGCCGACGGCAAGUACACGGCAACGCCCAAGGAAACCGUCUACGACUUCAAGGUCGACCGCAAAGUGCCCAAGGUCGGCGUCAUGUUGGUCGGAUGGGGCGGCAACAACGGCUCCACCGUCACUGCCGGUAUCAUUGCUAACCGUCGUGGACUCGUUUGGGACACUCGUGAGGGAAGUCGUGCUGCGAACUACUAUGGCUCCAUCAUCAUGGGCUCCACCAUCAAGCUCGGCGCUGACGCCCAAACCAACGAGGAGAUCAAUAUUCCUUUCCACGACGUCUUGCCCAUGGUUCACCCGAACGACAUUGUGCUUGGUGGCUGGGAUAUCAGCAGCAUGGAUCUUGCGGCUGCCAUGGACCGUGCUCAGGUCCUUGAACCGACCCUCAAGGCCAUGGUGUACAAGGAGAUGGCCCUGAUGAAGCCGCUGCCCAGUAUCUACUACCCGGAUUUCAUUGCUGCAAACCAGGAGGACCGUGCGGACAACGUUCUACCGGGCAACAAAGCCAGCAUGGACCACGUCGAACAGAUCAGGGCAGACAUCAGGAACUUCAAAGCCCAAAACAACCUGGACAAGGUCAUUGUUCUCUGGACCGCCAACACCGAACGCUAUGCGGACAUCAUUCCCGGCGUCAACGACACCGCGGAGAACUUGCUGAAAGCCAUUGAGCAGGGACACGAGGAGGUGUCGCCGUCGACCGUCUUCUCUGUCGCCUGCGUCCUCGAAAAGACGCCUUUCAUCAACGGGUCCCCCCAGAACACCUUUGUUCCCGGUGCGAUCCAGCUCGCGGAGAAGCACGACUCCUUCAUCGGUGGUGACGACUUCAAGUCCGGCCAGACCAAGAUGAAGUCUGCCUUGGUCGAUUUCUUGAUCAACGCCGGCAUCAAAUUGACGUCCAUCGCCAGCUACAACCACCUGGGCAACAACGACGGCAAGAACUUGAGCUCCCAGAAACAGUUCCGAUCCAAGGAGAUUUCCAAGUCCAAUGUUGUCGACGACAUGGUGGCGGCCAACAGUGUUCUGUACAAGAAGGACGAGCACCCAGACCACACGGUUGUCAUCAAGUACAUGCCCGCCGUGGGCGACAACAAGCGAGCCUUGGACGAGUACUACGCCGAAAUUUUCAUGGGUGGUCACCAGACGAUCAGCAUCUUCAACGUCUGCGAGGAUUCCUUGUUGGCCUCGCCCCUGAUCAUCGACCUGGUUCUCGUGGCUGAGAUGAUGACCCGCAUCCAGUGGAAGACCGAAGCUGCUGCGGAGUACAAGGGCUUCCACAGUGUGUUGAGUAUCCUCAGCUACAUGUUGAAGGCACCACUCACACCUCCUGGCACACCUGUCGUCAACGCCCUGGCCAAACAACGUAGUGCCCUGACCAACAUCUUCCGCGCCUGUGUCGGCCUCCAGCCCGAAUCCGACAUGACGCUGGAACACAAGUUGUUCUGA